AUGGAUCAUUCGAGUUCUGCCUCUGCCAGUGCAAGUAAUAGUGCCACUGCUGCUACCAAUGCUUCUGAUGUUAAUGAAUUACUAGAUAAACCCUUAUGGAAAUAUGUUACCAAAAUAGAUGCUAUAGUGGGAGGAGGAGGAAAUUUAUCUUGGAUGUGCAACUUUUGUAAAAAAGAUUUUAAAAGUUCAUAUACUAGAGUGAGGGCUCAUUUGUUGAAACUAUCAGGCAAAGGAAUUGGGAAAUGCUUAAUGGUGCAAAAUAGAGAUGUGAUAGAGAUGGAGAAAUUAGAAAAAGAAGCUGACCAGAGAAAGCAAUCCAAUGCACCCAGAAAUGUACCUUUACCUCCUAGCUCUUCCACGUGCCCAAAAAAAAGAAAAAUUGCAGGUUCUCUUGAGAUGGCAUUUAAUGUUGGGGAGCGAGAAGAAUUAAAUUACCUGAUUGCUAGAAUGUUUUAUUCAGCAGGAUUGCCAUUCAAUUUGGCAAAGAACCCUUACUUCCAAGCUUCGUAUACUUAUGCAGCAAAUCAUAAUAUUGGAGGUUAUUUGCCACCGGGAUAUAACUCACUGCGAACCACUCUGUUGCAAAAGGAGAAAGAAAAUAUUGAUAAGUUGUGUGAACCUAUUCGAGAGGCUUGGACUCAUAAAGGGGUGAGUAUUGUAAGUGAUGGGUGGAGUGAUUCACAAAGGAGGCCACUCAUUAAUUUCAUGGCAGUAUCUGAUGGUAAAGCAAUGUUUUUAAAAUCAGUUGAUUGCUCGGGGGAGAUUAAGGAUAAGAAUUUCAUUUUCAGGGAGACUAAUGAUAAAAAUUGCAUUUUCAGGUUGCUAAAAGAAGUUAUUCAAGAAGGAGCAGGGCAAUUGAUUGAGCAGGAAUUCCCAUCUAUUACCUGGACACCGUGUGUCGUUCACACAUUGAAUUUGGCUGUGAAAAAUAUUUGUGCUGCAAAGAAUGUUGAGAGCAAUCAAAUAACGUAUGAGGAAUGCAGCUGGAUUUCUGAUAUUGUAGGUGAUGUUGCUGCAAUAAAGCAUUUCAUUAUGAAUCAUUCUAUGAGAUUGGCCAUCUUUAAUGAGUUUGUGAGUUUGAAGUUGCUUUCUAUUGCUGAUACUCGUUUUGCUUCAAUGAUUGUGAUGCUGAAGAGGUUCAAAUUAAUAAAGAGUGGUCUCCAAAAUAUGGCGAUAAGUGAAAAAUGGAAUAUUUAUAGAGAUGAUAAUCUUGGGAGAGCCAGACAUGUGAAGGAAAAAUUAUUGGAUGAUUGUUUUUGGGAUUCAGUUGAUUACAUACUUGCCUUCACUGCUCCUAUUUAUGAUAUGAUCAGAGCUUGUGACACUGAUAGAGCUUGUCUUCACUUGAUAUAUGAUAUGUGGGAUGCAAUGAUUGUGAAAGUGAAGAAAGCUAUAUACCAUAAAGAGGGGAGGAGGAUGGAAGAUAGCUCCUCUUUUUAUGAUGUGGUGCAUCGCAUUCUUAUGGAUCGUUGGACAAAAAACUCAACUCCACUACACUGUUUGGCACAUGCUUUGAAUCCCAAAUACUAUAGUCAACAAUGGCUUCAGGAAGAUUCUAGUCGAGUUCCUCCACACAUGGAUUUAGAGCUUACUCAAGAGCGACAAAAAUGUUUAAGGAGAUUCUUUCCUAGCAUGGAGGACCGAAGCCGGAUUAGUUUGGAGUAUGCAGAUUUUAUUAGCAAUAGUGGAACCUUUGGCGAUUUUGAUGCCAUCAAUACUCAAUACACUAUGGAUCCGAAAUCUUGGUGGCUACUUUAUGGUACCUUUACACCGAUGCUUCAAAAAAUAGCAUUGAGACUUGUGCAACAACCCUCCUCUUCAUCAUGUGCUGAACGCAAUUGGAGUACUUAUUCUUUUGUGCAUUCCAUCAAGAGGAAUAAAAUCACUCCAAAACGUGCUGAAGACUUGGUUUAUGUGCAUAGCAAUCUUCGACUCUUAUCAAGAAAGACUCCUAAUUAUGCACAAGGAGCAAAUCAAAUGUGGGAUAUUGCUGGAGAUACAUUUGAUUCACUUGAUGAUAUUGGAGAUAUUCAAUUUGCUAGCCUUUCACUUGAUGAGCCAGAGAUAGAGGCCAUGAUUAUUCAAGAUGGAGAUGAAAAUAAUUGA